AUGGGUAAAAGAGAAGGUUACGAAUCCAGCUCCGAUCUUGAGCCGGUUGUAUCCGAGCUCAAGGUCAUGAGCUCAGACAAUGAACAUACAAAGGUAGGCUUUUGGGAGUCUUUCCAGAGAAAAGAAGAGGCCGAAAUCCCUAGAAAAGACUUGAAAAUGUCUCAUUUGGCUGUUAUUGCCCUUAGCAGUGGUCUUGGUACUGGUCUUUUGGUCGGUUCGGCUGCUAAAUUGAGAAUGGGUGGUCCUCUAGCUGUUCUCAUCGCCUAUGCCAUUGUAGGUGCUAUGUGUAUAUGUACCAUGAACUCUGUUGGUGAGUUAUCUGUCGCUUACACCAAUUUGGAGGGUGGUUUCAAUGACUGGUACACCAAGUUCUUAGAUGAUUCCAUCGCCUUCGCUCUUGGGUGGAACUACUGGCUCCAGUGGACCACCACCAUUUCCUUGGAAUUGGUCACGGCUGCGAUGACGAUCAAAUUCUGGAACACCUCAAUCGAUUCCGAUGUCUUUGUCGCAAUUUUCCUUAUUGUCAUUGUUGCCAUUAAUUUCUUCGGUGUGAAAGGUUACGCUCAAGCUGAGUUCUUCAUGAACACUCUUAAAUUGGUUAUGUUAACGGGAUUCAUCAUCAUGGGUCUUUGUGUUGAUUUGGGUGCCAGUCAAUCUGGAUUCAUUGGUGGUAUGUACUGGAGAGACCCCGGUGCUAUCACCAACUUCAAGGGUUUGGUAAAAGCCUUCGCCACCGCCUCUUUCUCUAUGGGAGGUACUGAAUUCUUGGCCUUGUCUGUUAAUGAGGUGCGCAAUCCUCGCAGAGCAUUGCCUCCUGCCAUUAGACUUGUCUUUGUCCGUAUCAUUUUCUUCUACUUGGGCUCUUUGACAUUUGUCGGUUUGUUGGUUCCAUACAACUCUGACCGUCUUUUGGGUGCCCAUUCUUCUGCAAGUGCUGCUUCUCCUUAUGUGUUGGCUGCUCAACUCCAUGGUGUUAAGGUCGUUCCAAGUAUCAUUAACGCUGUGAUCUUGAAUUCCGUUACCUCUGUCGCCACUGCUUCUAUGUAUUCUUCAUCUAGAUUGUUGCGUUCUUUGGCUCAACAGGGUUUCGCCCCUAAGUGGUUUGACUACACUGACAAGGCUGGCCGUCCUCUUAGAGCUUGGAUGGUCAGUUGUAUUGGUUCCUGUUUUGCAUUUAUCGCCACUUUCAAGCAUCAAGACGUUGUCUUCAACUGGUUGUUGUCCAUUGUCGCUUUGUCUAUUGUCCUUAUUUGGCCCGCUCUUUGUUGGUGUCACUUGAGAUGGAGAGCUGCUUUGAAGUACAACAACAUCCCUCUCGACACAUUGGGUUUCGUUUCUUACACCGGUGUCUUCGGAUCAUGGUAUUCUAUUAUUGUGAACAUCUUGAUUUUGGUUGGUCAAUUCUGGGUUGCUUUGUUCCCUGAGGCUGACGCUGAUGUCAACAAUUUCUUUCAAAACUACGCUUGUAUUCCAUUCACCAUUGUUUGUUACGUUGGCCACAAAUGUUGGACUAGAUCAUGGAACAAGUACUACCUUCGUGUGGACGAAAUUGACAUUAUGACUGACAGAACAAUCUACGACGCUGAAACUAUUAUCUUGGACAAACAAGAAAAAACUCAAAAGGUCAAGUCCGCCAAAUGGUGGGCCAAGCCAUGGGUCUGGUUUUUCAACUAG